UGAGCCAGAGCCUUCCUUUUCCCACAGUUCCACUUUUCUCAACACUCACCAUUUCUCCCCGCACUUCUAUCCCUAUAUAUAGACACAAUUUUCUGUACGUAUAGAUCGAUUCCAGAACUCUCCAACUCUCUAUUCGACACAUACAUACAUGUUUAUGUACGUAUAGAUUGUUAAUCUACACUCGCUGGAGCUAUGUCCAACAACGCCGGAGACGCCGGCGCCGGCGACGACUUCCUCGAGCAAAUCCUCGGCUUUCCGGUUUACGCGGGAGCGGAUACGAAUUUGGCGGGAAACGAGGUUCCGAUGAUGCUUCAGCUCAAUUCCGGCGACCGCGGCGGCGGUAAUAUCCCCGGCGGCGACGUCGGCGGCGGAGGAUUUGAGUUUCCGCUAGGGUUGAGUUUGGAGCAAGGGAAGGGGAGUGGAGAGUACUUUAAGAUGGAUCAUGAGGAGGUGGAGGCCUCAGGGAGCGGAAAGCGAUUUCGAGUCGAUGAGGUGGUUGUUGAUUCUAGAGGUUCUCAUGCUAAUAGAACUGGUUUCCAAGGACAACCAAUUCAUAAUGCAGUUCCUGCAAUGUCACAUCCACCGGCAGUUCGCCCUAGAGUAAGGGCAAGAAGAGGCCAGGCCACGGAUCCCCACAGCAUUGCCGAGCGGUUGCGUAGAGAAAGAAUAGCAGAAAGAAUUAGGGCACUACAAGAACUCGUUCCUAGUGUGAAUAAGACUGAUAGAGCUGCAAUGCUUGAUGAAAUUGUGGAUUAUGUGAAGUUCCUGAGGCUUCAAGUGAAGGUGCUGAGCAUGAGUAGACUGGGAGGUGCUGGUGCUGUUGCCCCACUUUUUGCUGAUACUCCAAUCUCCUCACUUGAGGAAGAAGGUACUGAAGGUGGAGGAAACCAACCAGCCUGGGAGAAAUGGUCAAAUGAUGGCACGGAGCAACAGGUGGCAAAGCUUAUGGACGAAAAUGUUGGGGCGGCCAUGCAAUUCCUUCAAUCCAAGGCACUUUGCAUAAUGCCCAUCUCACUCGCCACGGCUAUCUACCACACUCAACCACCAGAUAGCACCACUUCACAUGUCAAACCCGAAACAAACCCUCAGUUAUAAACCUAAGAGACACAAUACACCCCUCGUAACAUUUCCUAGAAGAAACCCGGUCAAUUGCAACCGAACUCAGAUGUCAUGUGUCCACCUUCUACGUUUAUGUCACCAACCGUUCCAUUGACUUUAUUCGAGACAGGAUGUGAUGCCUUGCUCAAAAUAAUUAAAGCCCUCCAUUCACAUCUUUUGCCAGAUUCAACCACAAAAUAUAUUGGCAAAGCUUUCUUUAUAUGCUCUGCUUUUUGUUUCAAUGGUGGGUGUAGUGGUUAGUGACCUGUGCUCAUUCAUAGUGGGAGGUCUACUUUUUUAUGCACAGUUGAUAGUGGAUAGUGGGGACCUUUGAUAGUAUGAUUUGUAAAUAGGUCUAUGAGUGUAAUUAUAUGAUUUGAAUAAGUGGAAUGAAACUUAACUGAGUAAUGGUUGGUUUUACAUAAAGGUGCAGCUAUUAUCAUCAAUGAAAAGUCUAUGCUUUUUUUUUUCUUUA